CUUUGACUCGUCUGUGACUCAGGCCUCUCGUUGUUGACAUUUGUCUUGUUCUAAGGUACAUUACCUUGCCUUGCAUAUACACCUCCUUUUCUCCUCCUACGAUACCCUCCCUCUCAUCUCCUUUUCUCUCCCCUUCGUCUUCCCUUUUGGCGUCUGUAUGAAUCUCUUUCGACAACGUCUUAUUCGAUCCAAAAUCCCCACUCCGUUCUCAACGCCCCGACUGCGACCCCUCCAUCGAUUGUAUUCGUCUCUAUCCAGCUCCAACACGAGCACAAUGGAGUCGCUAAAGCUCUAUAACUCGCUCAAGCCUGGCGCUCCAGUGCCGUUUGUUCCUAUUGAGAAGGGCAAAGUUACCUGGUAUGCUUGCGGUCCUACUGUGUACGACAAGAGUCACUUGGGCCAUGCUCGCAACUAUGUCUCUACAGACAUUAUUCGUCGCAUUCUGAUGCAUUACUUUGGCUUUGAUGUCAAGUUUGUCAUGAAUAUUACCGACAUCGACGACAAGAUCAUCAUCAAGGCACGACGACAACGAUUGCUCGAGCUCGAGAAGAACAAGAACUACACAAAGGACGAACUUCGAGAUCUGGCCCUGGCCGCUUUCCGGGCAUACGCCAAGAGCAGCCUGCCUUUGCUGCUAAAGGACGGAGAGGACAUCGAUGCGACCAACUAUGCUCAGCGCAGAGAGGCAGGGUAUGGACACGUGCUUGCGGGCGGCACCAUUUCUGGUGAGGGAAAGCCUGGCGACGAUGAGGCCAAGGUCAAAAUGCACCUCAGCAAUAUGACUGCUGCUGCUGAAGCUAUCGCUUCUGGCGAGAUCUUCCCCGGCACCGACGAGAUUCUAUUGCCCUUCCUCGAUUCGCUUUACAAGGAAACCAUUGACACGAGGGAUCAGACAAUGUUCACAGAUCUGACUCAGAGCAUGGAGAAGCUAUUUAUGGACGACAUGGAUGCGCUCAACGUACUGCGACCUGACGUUAUCACUCGAGUUACCGAGUACGUUCCCCAAAUUGCCGAUUUCGUCAAAAGAAUUGUUGACAAGGGAUUCGCAUACGAAUCUGAGGGAUCUGUCUACUUUGAUAUCUCUGCGUUUGAGCAGGCCGGAAAUACUUAUGCGCGACUGCGUCCUGACAACCGAAAUGACAAGUCUCUCCAGGAGGAAGGCGAGGGUUCCCUCUCAAAAAACCUUGGUGGAAAGAAGAAUCCCGGCGACUUUGCUCUGUGGAAGAAGUCCAAGGCUGGCGAGCCCUUCUGGCCUAGCCCUUGGGGAGAUGGACGUCCUGGAUGGCAUAUUGAGUGCUCGGUUAUGUGCAGUGAUGUUCUAGGAGCAACAAUUGACAUCCACUCUGGAGGUAUCGACCUGGCAUUCCCUCAUCAUGACAAUGAGUUGGCACAGAGCGAGGCUUACUUCUGCGAGCAUGGUAAGGGCGAACACACAUGGGUCAACUACUUUAUCCACAUGGGUCACUUGUCGAUUUCUGGAUCCAAGAUGUCCAAGUCUCUCAAGAACUUCCAAACUAUUCAGGAUGCAUUGGCUACGAACUACUCUUCAAGGGGAAUGCGAAUUGUGUUUUUGAUGGGUCGAUGGAACGAUGGUGUUGAAAUUUCACCGGAUAUGCGAUUGCAAGCUGACAAUUGGGAGUCAACCAUAAGCAACUUCUUCAUCAACGUCAAGGCAUUGCUGGCGGAGGCUGGUAUUUCACAUGAUGUCAAGUCUCUGUCUCUCAGCGCAGAUGGCAAGGCCAGUGAGGGUCUCUUGGCUGAGCUCGAGCAAGCCAAGAAGGACUUUGAGGCUGCUUUGGUCAACUCAAUCGACACACCAAAGGCUAUGUCUGUCAUCCUCAAGUUGGUCAACACUGCCAACGUGCACUUGAGAGACAACAAGGACGCUGAUCUUGUGGCUCUUGAGUCUAUUGCACGCUGGAUCACCAAGAUUGUGGGCAUCUUUGGUCUUGAUUCGAAUGCUUCGCCGCCAUAUGAAGGCCUUGGCUGGGCCACAGUCAUCGCCUCAGACGUUGAGCCAAAGACAGCCGUUCAGCCCUACGCCGAGGUCUUCACCAAGGUCAAGUCAGAUGUUUCUGGCUUGUCUCUAGAGAGCGCCGAGAUUUCUUCAUUGCUUGAGCAAGACCCUACUGCUGAGUUCGAGUCGAUCGCUUCUGGUGGCUCUCGCGACCCUGAGCAAUUGGCUUUGCCUUAUCUUCGUGCCGUCUCUAAGCUUCGAGAUGAGCUGCGUCGCAUUGUUUCUAACCAAGCACCCGAAACGAAGAAGGCUAUUCUUUCCUUGACAGAUCGUAUUCGCGACGAGGAUCUCACAAACCUAGGCGUUUACUUGGACGACAGACCUGACGGCCAAGCCUCCCUGAUCAAGUUCAUCCCCGCUGCUGAACUGAUUGCUGCACGUGAAGAGAAGGCCGCCCAAGCUGCUGAAAAGGCGCGAAAGAAGGAGGAGGCUCGUCUUGCACGCGAGAAGGCCGAUCAAGAAGCUCGUGAGAAGGCCAAGGUCAGACCCGAGGAUCUCUUCAAGGGUGAUGAGAGAUACAGUGCCUGGGAUGAGCAAGGACUGCCUACUAAGAUGAAAGAUGGCAGUGAUGUGCCCAAGAGUCAAUUGAAGGGUUUGAAGAAGCAAUGGGACCGACAGAAGAAGGCGCACGAUGAUCUCAAGGCUAAGGGAUUGUUGUAGAAAUGGGAAGUGGUGUUGAAGUGGGUAACCUAUCUAGUAUCUAGAAGGAGGAGUUCGGGGGCGAAAACAAAAGCGUUUCAAGACUUGAUUAUUGCACAUUGACAUUUCUCACAUGAAUGGCCAUGCCUGGCUGCAUGUCGUCGCACGCUACUGUGAUAGGAAUGCAACACACAUUGACUUGAGAUGGGGGUUAAAUGUCGUGAUAGCAUGGUGGCAUUGAGCAAACAGAUCCGGCACUUAUACCCGGGAUACUUGGCAGCGGAAUAUUAAUGUCAGAAUCUCGUUAGGCGGACUUCAUAUGAUGGUAGGGGAGCAGGAUAUUUGUGUCUUUUGCGUGUAUUUGGACUAGUUGUAAGCCAUUUCUGCAACAGCAUAUUGACAGCUGAGUCCAUGGGCAUCUAG